GUCUGUUCUGUCUGGUUGUUUCUCUGCGGACAUGAAGCUGCUCCUCCUCCUCCUCCUCCGGGCCCGGGUCAGGACCGAUCCCGGGCCCGGGGCUCUGGACGUGUCCGUGGAUCUGUCCUCCGUCCUCCGCCGCGUGGAGCCCAGGUUCCUGUCCGUCACCAUCGACGCGAGUCUCGCGUCAGAGGAGAAGUUCAUGUACCUGCUGAGCUCUGUGAGGAUUAGGACUCUGGCCCAAGCUCUGACUCCGGCGUUCGUGAGGUUUGGAGGAACCAGACAAGACUUCAUGGUCUUCAGUCCUCAGAGGAACCGGCAGCUGGACUCAGACGUCACAGCGGCAACCAACCAGACGGACGGGUCAUGUGACAAACGGACGCUGCCCUCGUGGUUGGAGGAGAAGCUGAAGGGGGCGUGGCCUCAGCAGCAGCUGGUCCUGAUGAGAGAAGACGUGCAGAGGAAGUACAGGAAGGUCAAGUUCACAGAGGACACCGUGGACCUGCUCCACUCGUUCUCCAGCUGCUCUGGUCUGGAUCUGAUCUUCGGCCUCAACGCUCUGCUGAGAUCAGACGACAACAGCUGGAACAGCAGCAACGCUCGGUCCCUGCUGGACUACUGCGAGUCCAGAGGCUACAGGACGUCCUGGGAGCUGGGCAACGAACCGAACAGCUACGAGAAGAAGGCCGGGAUCCGAGUGGACGGACGCCAGCUGGGACGAGACUUCACUUGUCUCCGAGAGAUGAUGUCACAGUCAAAAUUGUAUCGGGACGCCGGACUGUACGGGCCGGACGUGGGCCAGCCGCGGGACCACCGGGUCGACAUCCUGGAGGGGUUCCUGCAGAGCGGAGCGGACGCCGUCGACGCCGUCACUUGGCACCAUUACUAUGUGAACGGCAGAGACACGUCACUGGAGGACUUCCUGGACCCGGAGGUUCUGGACACUUUGGCCCUGAAGACCAGUGAAGUUCUGCAGAGAGUCAAGACGGUGUCUCCUGGGAAGAAGGUGUGGCUCGGAGAGACCAGCUCCGCCUACGGGGGCGGAGCCACGGGACUGUCAGACACGUUCGUAGCUGGAUUCAUGUGGCUUGAUAAACUGGGUCUUGGAGCCCGACUCGGUCUGGACGUGGUGAUGCGGCAGGUUUUCAUUGGUUCUGGAAGUUACCACCUGGUGGACGACAACCUGGAUCCACUUCCUGACUACUGGCUCUCUGUUCUCUACAAGCGACUUGUGGGACCAGAGGUUCUGAAGGUCGAGGCCCGGUCCGGUUCAGGUCGCAGUCGGAGCCUGAGAGUGUAUCUGCACUGCAGCAACACACACAGCUACAGACGAGGAGCCGUGACGCUCAUGUCCAUGAACCUGGGGGAGGAACCGGCCCGGAUCUCCGCUCCGGACCUCGUCUCCACGGGAACAGCGGAGGCCUUUGUCCUGCAGGCCGCCCGGUCGGGGGAGGAGGGGCUGGACUCCAGGUCUGUGAAACUGAACGGAGAUGUGUUGAAGAUGUUGGAUGAUAAAACUCUUCCGGAGCUCAGAGGACGUCGUCUUCCUCCAGCGGAUCGUCUGCAGCUUCCUGGAUUCUCUCUCGCCUUCUUUGUCUUCCCCGACGCCGGGGCCGCCGCCUGCCGGGACCACGGGCCAAUCAGAUGACCCGGAGACGGUCGUCAGGCAGAACCCGGAGCUGCUCUUCACUGGACUGAAAAGACUUGAGAUUGAGUGACGACGGUAAAAACUGGAUACUGUAGAAAAUACUGUACACGA